AUGUCUACCACUUCCACCUCCUCGUCCGCGAGCGCAACCGGCACUGCGUGCGGUGCCAGAGUCUGGGAAAUUCCCACGGCAGAUGCAGCCUGUGCAGCCAUUCUCAGUGGCAACAUGACCGAUGUGAUGGACGACUGUUGCAAGCACGCGAAGGUCUCCAAGUACGAGAACAACUGUGGCAUCUACUGUCUCGCCCAGGGCCAGGAUAUCAACAAGCUCCAGUCCUGCAUCACCAGCAAGAGCAACAACUACCAUGACGUCUUCUGCAACGCCGCUCUCAAUGCGACCGCCUCUGCCAAAGGUACCAAGUCCACUUCCUCGGCCACUAGCACCCAAUCGUCUGCUACCUCGUCUUCCACCAACGCCGCGAUUGUGAACCAGCCAAUCUCCAAGUCGGGUCUUGGACUGAUCGGGCUUCUUUUCGGCUCUGCUUUGAUGGCUGUUAUUGCUUAA